AUGAGAGUCGAUGUGAGUCUCGCACGGCUCCAGCCCAAGUCGAGCGGCUCGUCUCGCAGGUCAAACCGGGAUAUGGCAAACGCGAAGAAGGAUGGCAAGCGCAAAGCUGAGGACAGCACCGCAGGCGGAAAGAAAACAAAGACGGAGGAUACUGAAGUGUCCUCGUUGGAGGCAGUUAAGACGGCCAAGAAAAAGCUCAUGAAGAUGGAGAAGGCAAAGAAAAAGGUCGAGGAAGAGGAGGACAGCGAGGAUGACGAGCCGGUACCGAAGGCGAAAGCCAAGGCCAAGGCGAAGGUAGUUGCCAAAGAUGACGAUGACAGCGACGACGAGCCUGUGGCGCCGAAAGCAAAGGCCAAGGCCAAGGCGAAGGCCAAGGCAGCUGCAGAUGACGAUGAUGACAGCGACGAUGAUGAGCCUGCGCCGAAAGCAACGGCCAAGGCCAAGGCGAAGGCCAAGGCAGCUGCAGAUGAUGAUGAUGACAGCGAUGAGGAGCCUGCGCCGAAAGCAAAGGCCAAGGCCAAGGCCAAGGCCAAGGCAGCUGCAGAUGAUGAUGAUGACAGCGAUGAGGAGCCUGCGCCGAAAGCAAAGGCCAAGGCCAAGGCCAAGGCCAAGGCAGCUGCAGAAGAUGAUGAUGACAGCGACGACGAGCCUGCGCCGAAAGCAAAGGCCAAGGCCAAGGCGAAGGCCAAAGCUGCGGCAGAUGACGAUGAUGACAGCGACGAUGAUGAGCCUGUUGGAGCCUUUGUGCAGCAGAAGAAACAGGCGCCGAAAGCAAAGGCCAAGGCCAAGGCGAAGGCCAAGGCAGCUGCAGAUGAUGAUGAUGACAGCGACGACGAGCCUGCGCCGAAAGCAAAGGCCAAGGCCAAGGCGAAGGCCAAGGCAGCUGCAGAUGAUGAUGAUGACAGCGACGACGAGCCUGCGCCGAAAGCAAAGGCCAAGGCCAAGGCGAAGGCCAAGGCAGCUGCAGAUGAUGAUGAUGACAGCGACGACGAGCCUGCGCCGAAAGCAAAGGCCAAGGCCAAGGCGAAGGCCAAGGCAGCUGCAGAUGAUGAUGAUGACAGCGACGACGAGCCUGCGCCGAAAGCAAAGGCCAAGGCGAAGGCCAAGGCAGCUGCAGAUGACGAUGAUGACAGCGACGACGAGCCUGCGCCGAAAGCAAAGGCCAAGGCCAAGGCGAAGGCCAAGGCAGCUGCAGACGAUGAUGAUGACAGCGACGAUGAUGAGCCUGCGCCGAAAGCAAAGGCCAAGGCCAAGGCGAAGGCCAAGGCAGCUGCGGAUGACGAUGAUGACAGCGACGACGAGCCUGCGCCGAAAGCAAAGGCCAAGGCCAAGGCGAAGGCCAAGGCAGCUGCAGAUGAUGAUGAUGAUGACAGCGACGACGAGCCUGCGCCGAAAGCAAAGGCCAAGGCCAAGGCGAAGGCCAAGGCAGCUGCAGACGACGAUGACGACAGUGACGAGGAGCCAGCUCCAAAAGCAAAAAAGGCCAAGGCGAAGGUCGAAGAGGAGGAAGAGGAGGAAGAAGCCCCCAAGGCCAAGAAGGCUAAAACAGAAGGCACGGAGACGGGCGAGGACAGCGGGAACUGCAUCUGCCACACGACUCCAAAGCGAGCUUUGCAGGAGGAUCUUUGCGUCUUCGUGGGUGGCCUGCCUUUCUCCACCAGUGAGGAGCAGAUCAAGAAGGACUUCGAGGAGUGUGGCGAGAUUUCCAGAUUUGUGCUGCCAAAGAACGACGAGGGCAGGCCAAAAGGCAUCGCCUUUAUCACAUACGCGAGCAAAGCAGGGGUCGAUGCGGCCCUGAAAUUCAAUGGCGAUGACUACGGUGGCCGAACCCUCAAGGUCAACUUGGCCUCUGACAAGUCGGACAAGGGCAAAGGGAAGGGAAAGGACAAAGGCAAAGGCAAGGGCAAGGAUGGCAAGGGGAAGGGCAAAGAGGACAGGAAUGACGAGCUCACAGUGAUGAUCAAAGGCUUGUCUUGGAGCCUCUCGAGAGAGACCGUGGAGAAGGACUUUGCCGAGUGCGGUGAGAUCGUGCGAUGCAGCGCGCCUACAGACGAGGAGGGAAAUCUCAAGGGCUUUGCCUUUAUCGAGUACAAGGACGAAGAGGCUGUGAAGAAGGCCCUGGAGUUCAACGAGACGGAGUACUCGAGCCGGAGGAUCUACGUGAACAAGGCGAACGAAGGCGGCAAGGGGAAGGAUGGCAAAGGAAAGGGAAAGGAUGGCAAAGGAAAGAAGGGCAAAGACAAAGGCAAGGGGAAAGGGAAGAAGGGGAUGAGCGCUGAAGGCAAGGCAGCCAAACACGGCAACAUGGUGGAAUCCACAGGAAAGAAGCAGACCUUUGAUUCGGACGAGGAGGAGGCCUCUCCGCCCAAGAAGAAGGCGAAGGUGGCGAAACCUGCAGACGACGAGGAUGACGAGUGAAUCUGCGUGGUUAAGCUGGGCAGCGGCUGUUCUUUCGGAAUGGCUGUGCAAGACCCGGCGGACACGGAGCCCAGGUGAGAGGCCUGCAGUGUUCUCCUUCUCCGCUCCUCAAAGAGGAGAUGAAAAGGUCAGGAGCGGAGUCCCGUUCCUUGGCAAUGACGUUUUGCCAUAUUCCUGGAGAACUUUUGUUGCGGAGCAAGUGGCUCACUUUUGG